UGAGAGACGCCUUCCCAUCAGUAGUUGCUUACAAUAUUUACGUUAUUAUAGACGUUUAAAAGUUUAUCCUUUUCGUAUUUUGAAAAAAAAUAAAACUAAGUGAUAUGUCUCUUAGUAUUGUUAAGGAAACCAAAAUUGAUACGGAACCGUGUAUUGCGGCAUGGAAUAAUAAAUUGUUUGUUGGUGCAGAAAAUGGUUCAAUUCUAACUUUUGAUGCGAAUCUUUCACCCGGUACUUCGUGGACGGCUCAUGCAGUACAGCCCUUUGCGAUAACAGCUAGUGAAGGUAAAGUUUAUUCGGCUUCAAAUGAUGGUGGAGUAAGAGUUUGGACAUUAAAUGGCGAUAAAAUAGCAGAGUAUUCAGCGUCUGAAGCAGAUAUAGGAUCCUUAUCUGUGAGUGGUAAAUAUGUUUACACCGGGGAUGAAUUAGGAAAUAUAUAUGUUUAUGAACAAAACGAACUUAUAGCUAAGUACAAUGUUCUAGAAGAAGUGAAGGACAUCGCGAUAAGCCCACCAUUUAUGUUCACUGCCCGAGAUCUAUACGUAACUGUUACAGAAGUAAAACCAGAUCAGUCCAAAGACCGUUUUAUUACACAACAUGUCAUGGAAGGACGUGCUCCUUUAAGAAUGUGUGGAUCGUACCUUGUGGUUACAAGCAGAAGCGGCAACAGUAUUCAACUUCAUAAUGCUUCACUUGAUACUAAAUUCAAGAAGUUACACGAAGUUAAGGUGAGCGACAUGAUCUUAACCGGUCUAUCUGUAAGUGACGGUUUCGCUUGGACAGGCGGUUGGGAUGGUUGUGUGAGACGCUGGAAAAUAUCGGAAGACAAAUUAGAGUCAGCGGGAGAGAUCAAUUUAGGUGCGUGCAUCAACGCUCUCGUCGCUUCUUCCGGAGACAACGCAUACGCACUAUUGACGGGUGGACGAAUUGUAAAUGUGAAAGCUUCGUAAAUAAAAAAAUAAAAAAUAUUUUGAAGUAUGUGAAAA